AUGUUGGUGCCUAGGCCGAUUCAUUCUCGAGCUUUUCUGCUUGGAAGAAUCGUAUCAAGAAGUAUCCAAACGAAAGCUCCUGUUCUUGCGAAGCGCAGUGUUUCCACACUCGAACGAUAUCGAGCUCUCAUGUCAAAGCCCACCGAUAUGCACCGUGCAUUUGCCACCGAGGCGCCACUAGUUGCGUCUCACAAUUAUGUGGCAAAACGCACCGCUGGAUUUCAGCAGGAAAAAGUACGACUAGAUGAUGGAACAUCUCUACCAUAUUAUGUGUAUGAAGGCCCUAUGGACACACCCAUGGUGGACAAACGCACGUACAAGUUGAUUCGCUUGGCUAAUGAUCUCGAGGCGCUGAUUAUUCAUGAUCCCGAAGCCGAUAAGGCUAGUGCUGCUAUGGACGUGCGUGUUGGUCAUCUCAGUGACCCCGAGGGUCUGUAUGGCAUGGCGCAUUUCUGUGAACACUUGCUCUUCUUGGGUACAAAAAAGUAUCCACGAGAAAACGAAUACAGCGAGUACCUAUCUAACCACAGCGGCAGCUCCAAUGCUUUCACUUCGCUGGAAAAUACCAAUUACUUCUUUGACGUGGGCCAUAACCACUUUGAAGGUGCACUCGAUCGUUUUGCUCAGUUCUUCUUGGAGCCACUUUUUGAUCCAAGCUGCACAGAACGCGAAAUUCGUGCUGUCGAUUCGGAACACAAGAAAAACCUCCAAUCCGAUCUGUGGCGCUCGUUCCAACUCGAAAAAAGUCUUUGCCGUGCAUCGCACGCUUACUCGAAGUUUGGUACCGGAAACCUCGAAACAUUGUGGAACAAGCCACGAGAUAUGGGCUUGGAUAUUCGCGCUGAGCUGCUCAAGUUUCACGAAAAGUACUACAGUGCCAAUAUGAUGAAGCUUGUGGUCUUGGGCCGCGAAUCCCCUGAGCAACUCACGAAGUGGGUCGCCGAAAAGUUCUCUCGUGUGCCCAACAAAGAAAACCAGGUACCCGUGUUCCCUGGCUCACCGCUAGGACAAGAGCAGCUAGGUACGCAAAUUCUUUUCCGCACCAUCAAGGAUGUUCGUCUUCUUGAUAUAACCUUCCCCUUCCCUGAGCAGGUGCAUCUGUUCCGCUCAAAGCCUGGCCAAUUGCUCUCUCACUUUAUUGGUCAUGAAGGACAUGGCUCGCUUUUUUCCUGCCUCAAGCAGCGCGGUUGGGCCAAUCUGCUAAGUGCUGGUCAGGCGAUCAGCGCGGCAGGCUUCGAACUGUUUAAAAUUAACAUUGACCUGACGAACGAGGGCUACGAGCACUAUCAAGAUGUUGUUGCCGCUGUAUUCCAAUACCUUGAUAUGCUGCGGGCCAAUCCCAUUGAGGAAUGGAUGUAUGAAGAAGUGCGUCGUCUGAGCGAGUUGCGCUUUGUAUUUAAGGAAAAGUCAUCACCGGCUAUGUACAGUUCAUCACUGGCUAGUCAGAUGCAGCAUCCCCUUCCUCCUGCUUGGCUAUUGUCUGGUCCCUAUGUAUAUCGUGAAUUUGAUGCGCCACUCGUGAGUUCUACGCUUGAAUGUCUUCGCCCUGAUAACUGCCGGCUUAUGCUAGCCGGGCGCGAACCGCCAAAGGGUGUGUCGCUGGACCACAAAGAGACCUGGUAUGGCACCGAGUACACCAUCCAGCCAUUUUCGCCCGACAUGCUGCAGUCAUGCGAGACUCUUGAGGGUCUAGCAAUGCCACGUAAAAAUGAAUUUAUUCCCAGCAACCUGGAUGUGGCCGGCACACCGAAUGCGUCUCUCUCGCCCACUGAUCGACCACAGCUCUUGGAACAAUCGCCCAAGGCUAGAUUGUGGCACAAGCAAGACGAUCGCUUUUUCCUGCCCAAGGCCACUGUGGCAUUGCUUCUUCGCACGCCCGAAGUAAACUCAUCGCCUCGAAAUGCUGUGCUUUCACGUAUGUUGGUGGAAUUGGUCAAGGAUUCGCUGUGUGAGUACUCUUACGAUGCAGAUGUGGCUGGCCUGCACUACGAUAUCGACAGUCAUUUGGAUGGGAUUGACAUUGUCUUGGGUGGCUACAAUGACAAAUUGCCGCACCUGCUUGAAUCCGUGCUGAAUGCACUUACCAAGCUCCAGGUCGAUCCGAAGCGCUUUGCGAUCGUGCAUGACCAGGUGCGCCGCAACUACGAAAACUUUGACUUGGAGGAGCCAUAUCAACAUGCCGUGUAUUACUCGACCUACCUUCUUACAGAGCGUAUGUGGACGCAGCACGAAAAACUGCGUGUGGUAAAUGAUGUAUCGCCCCAUGAAAUGCAGGAGUAUAUCGGCAAGGUGUUUAGCCGUAUGCACGUUGACAUGCUGGUUCAAGGCAACGUCACGAGUGAGCAGGCCCGUUCCCUCUUGGAUGCAGUCCAGGAACACAUUGCGUACGAUGCUUUGCCGCCCCAAGACAAUGUGCCGCCACGUUCGCUUGUCUUGGCGCCCGGCACGAAUAUUGCUUGGCGCAUGCCUGUGGCCAACAAAGACAACAAUAACUCAUCCCUCGAGUACUACUGCCAAGUCGGUGAUCCGAGCGAUGUGCGUUUGCGCGCCACAUUGGCGCUCUUUGCGCAGAUUGCGAAUGAGCCAUGCUUCGAUCAGCUUCGGACCAAAGAACAGCUUGGAUACCUGGUGUUUAGUGGUACACGCACGUCUGUGGGUCAAAUGGGUUUCCGCAUCAUUGUGCAAUCAGAGCGUGACUCGGAGUACCUCCAGUCCCGCAUCAAUGCCUUCCUUGACCAGCUCAUGCGACAAUUGCUCGCUAUGAGCGACGACGAGUUCGAAGCACACCGUGCUUCGCUUAUUCACAAGCGACAAGAAUCGGUCAAGAAUCUUGCCGAAGAGACGCAGCGAUUUUGGAAGAGUAUUCACUCUGGCUACUUUGACUUUUUGCACCGUCAGCGUGACGUGCAAGUGAUGGAAACGCUCAGAAAAGAUGAUAUUGUGGCCUUUAUGCAGCACUAUAUUCAUCCCAGCAGCACCCAUCGUGCUAAGACUGUGACGCAUAUUCAGGCUCAGGCAGUGCCUUCUUCGACAAAGCCUCUGAGCAGCGAUGCACUCGACUCGUUCUUUGCAUUUUUGAGUAGCCAAGGUGUCGAGGUCCCUGCAGAGGCUCGUGAAUCGCUGGGCGUGCAACUGACUAGCGUCGAAUCACUCCAGGUGUUUGCCAAAGACGUCGCUGCCUCGGGUGAGUUACCGCCCAGUUUGACGGAAGACGCACUACUUGCCUGUAUUGCUCAAGCCGUGGAAAAGCAUCCUAAAGAAGCGGAUGCCUCUGCCAUGUCGUUACCUGAGGCUCCACCCGAAGCACUACCUUCGGUCGACGUACGCGAGGUGCAGUCCUUGAAGCAAUCGCUGCAGUGCAGCCAGCAUGCAUUGCCCGUCUUGCCCUGGGACGUCUAUGCGAGCGAGCCUCAUGCCCCGAUCGACGAGUCGCAAUACACUCCGGCAGCCACUUCUAUGCGCGCCAACAUAUAG